CUCUUUCUUGUCCUUUGUGUUUUAAUUUUUUAAUAAUAUAUUUUUAUUCUCCAAAAUAAUAAAAUUUUUCAAUAGUAAAACGGAGCCAAAUUAAUAUCUUUCAAUAUUCGUUUUUGUUUAGAUCCAAUAAAGUUUCGGUUUUCCUCAGCUGAUCCAGAUCUUAGCUGUUGAGAAUGGCGGCACCAACAGCUGGGGGCACGCAAUGGUACAAAGCGAAAGUCAAAGCAGUUCCAUCGGGAGAUUGCUUGGUGGUAACGGCCAACUCCGACAGGCCUGGACCUCUGCCUGAGAAAACCAUUACCUUGUCAUCUCUCAUUGCUCCUAGACUGGCCCGUAGAGGAGGUGUUGAUGAGCCAUUUGCCUGGGAAAGCAGAGAAUAUUUGAGGAAGCUCUGCAUAGGAAAGGAAAUUACUUUCAGAAUCGACUAUGCUGUACCAAGCAUAGGCCGAGAAUUUGGCUCUGUUUACCUUGGCAACCAAAAUGUUGCAAUGUUGGCUGUCUCUGAAGGCUGGGCAAAGGUUAGGGAGCAAGGGCAGCAAAAAGGGGAAGCAAGUCCUUUUCUUGCUGAAUUGCUACGUCUUGAAGAACAAGCCAAACAACAAGGUCUGGGUCGAUGGAGCAAGGUAUCGGGUGCUGCUGAGGCUUCUAUCCGGAAUUUACCUCCAUCUGCCAUUGGUGACCCUAGUAACUUGGAUGCCAUGGGUCUUCUAGCUGCAAAUAAGGGUAGCUCAAUGGAAGGUAUUGUUGAGCAGGUUCGUGAUGGUAGUACUGUUCGAAUCUAUUUACUUCCGGAUUUUCAGUUUGUGCAAGUGUUUGUUGCUGGUAUCCAGGCCCCUUCAAUGGGUAGAAGGGCUGCUGCAGAGACUGCUGUUGAAACGGAUUUGACCUCUGGUGAACAAAAUGGAGAUGUUUCGGCUGAGCCACGGGCUCCCUUAACAUCUGCACAGAGGCUUACUGCCUCAUCAACAGCUUCUGCUGAAGUUUCCCCCGAUCCAUUUGGACGAGAAGCUAAAUAUUUUACAGAAAUUCGCUGCUUGAACAGAGAUGUACGCAUUGUCCUUGAAGGUGUUGACAAAUUUAGCAAUUUGAUUGGUUCAGUUUAUUAUCCUGAAGGUGAAACGGCAAAAGACCUUGCUUUGGAGCUUGUGGAAAAUGGUCUAGCAAAAUAUGUUGAAUGGAGUGCCAAUAUGAUGGAAGAUGAUGCCAAGCGGCGGUUGAAGGCUGCAGAGCUUCAAGCCAAGAAGACUCGGUUAAGGAUCUGGACAAACUAUGUACCUCCAGCUACAAACUCAAAGGCAAUUCGUGAUCAAAACUUCACAGGAAAGGUUGUGGAGGUUGUUAGCGGGGACUGCAUUGUUGUGGCUGAUGAUUCUGUCCCAUAUGGCAUUGCUCUUGCAGAGCGCCGAGUCAAUCUUUCAAGCAUUAGAUGUCCAAAAAUGGGAAAUCCUCGUAGAGAUGAAAAGCCAGCUGCUUAUGCCCGGGAAGCAAGGGAGUUUUUAAGAACACGCCUUGUUGGAAAGCAGGUGAAUGUACAAAUGGAAUAUUCCCGGAAGGUCACCAUGGCAGAUGGAGCUAUGGUACCUGCAGAUUCAAGGGUAAUGGAUUUUGGCUCUGUCUUCCUCAUGUCCCCUGUUAAGGGUGAUGGUGACGAUGCUUCUGCAGCAGCCCCAUCCGUAGCUGGUAGCCAGCAGCCUGGCUUGAAUGUCGCCGAGUUGGUGGUUGGACGUGGCUUUGGCACGGUGAUAAGACAUAGGGAUUUUGAGGAAAGGUCAAACUAUUAUGAUGCCCUUUUGGCUGCUGAAUCUCGUGCAAUUUCUGGGAAGAAAGGAAUUCAUUCUGCUAAGGAUCCUCCAGUCAUGCACAUAACAGACCUUACAACAGCAUCAGCCAAGAGAGCUAGAGAGUUCAUGCCAUUUCUGCAUCGGGGCAAGAGGGUUCCAGCUGUUGUGGAAUAUGUCCUAAGUGGUCAUCGUUUUAAGUUGUUGAUCCCUAAAGAGACUUGUAGCAUUGCCUUUUCAUUUUCUGGUGUUAGAUGUCCUGGUCGUGAUGAGCCCUAUUCAGAUGAGGCCAUAGCACUGAUGAGACGAAAGAUCAUGCAAAGAGAUGUGGAGAUUGAAGUGGAAACUGUCGAUAGAACUGGAACAUUUUUGGGGUCUUUGUGGGAGUCAAGAACCAAUAUGGCUGUAACACUCCUUGAGGUUGGCCUGGCAAAGCUACAAACUUCAUUUGGUGCUGACAGGAUUUCUGAUGCUCAUCUUCUUGAACAGGCAGAGCAGUCUGCCAAGAGGCAGAAAUUGAAAAUUUGGGAGAACUAUGUUGAAGGAGAGGAAGUUUCCGAUGGAUCAGCCACUGUUGAUAACAAACAAAAAGAAAUGCUACAGGUUGUUGUUACAGAAGUAUUGGGUGGUGGAAAAUUUUACGUCCAGACGGUUGGAGAUCAAAGAGUAUCAUCUAUUCAGAAACAGCUUGCAUCUUUAAAUAUUCAAGAAGCUCCUGUGAUUGGUGCUUUUAAUCCAAAGAAGGGCGACAUUGUCCUUGCUCAGUUUAGUAUGGAUAAUUCCUGGAACCGGGCACUGAUUGUCAACACACCUCGAGGAGGAGUUGAAUCUCCGAAUGACAAGUUUGAAGUGUUUUAUCUUGAUUACGGGAAUCAAGAGGAGGUUCCAUACAGUCAAUUAAGGCCUCUUGAUCCUUCAGUAUCAGUCACUCCUGGACUAGCUCAGUUAUGCAGUCUUGCAUUUCUUAAAGUUCCAACCCUUGAUGAUGAAUUCGGUACUGAGGCUGCCCAGUUUUUAAGCGAGCAGACAUUAGGGAGCUCUCUGCAGUUUACGGCUGUCAUAGAGGAAAGGGAUACCUCUGGCGGAAAAGUCAAGGGACAGGGAACUGGCAAUAUUCUCAUCGCAACUCUCCUUGCUGAGAAAUCGGACCUUAGCAUUAAUGCUACAAUGCUGCAGGAGGGACUUGCUAGGUUGGAGAAAAGGAAGAGAUGGGAAUCCAAGGAGAGAAAGACUGCGCUUGAUAUCUUAGAGAGCUUUCAGAAGGAGGCGAAAACUACUAGGCGUGGAAUUUGGCAGUACGGAGACGUGGAGUCGGAUGAUGAGGAUACACUUCCUCCAGUUGCAGGUAAGAAAACUGGUGGCCGGCGAUAGAAUGUAAUAAUAUUAAUCACUUUGGGUACCCCUAAAGUCACUUGGGGUUACACCAAAUGAGUAUAGGUGUCGGAUCAUUCUCAUUUCAAGAGUUCAGAACCUAAACUUUGCUUAAAUUUUGGCUUUUUUUUUUUGUUCUUCGUAGUGAGGGAACAAUUUUUUUAGACAUGUUUAAAUAAGGUGGACUAUAGCAGAAAUGCUGCCAACAUCAGAAACAUUUUUCCCGUUGGAUAGAAAUUUUCAAUUA